AUGAUUAAGCCAGAUGUACGUAUGCAUCAGCGCCACUAUGAGGAAUUAAGAUUUGAACUACCUCAAAAAUGUGAAAACCGCAGGACCAUGUCCUGGGUGCAGCAAUCAUCAUCCUCACCGAAGCUGCAACAAGAAGACCAUGCAGAGCCGGCUGUGCGAGCAAGCUUAGAUUGUGGGCUACCAAUUCCUGCGCGACAUACCAGUAAACACUACAAACUCGAUCCAGAAUUGCAGGCCAAGGUGGACCGAGUUGUGUCUAGCGAGAAAAUUCGAUUGCUGUCCAAGCGUGUCCAACGUCAAUCAAUGCAUCCUUCGUGUUCCUGUCUGACUACUACCAUUCCAGAACAAGAACACCAUCAUCAUCAUCAUCAUCAUCAUCAUCACCCUCAAUAUACACAACAGCAACAGCAACAGUAUCACAACAAUCGUCUUCAUCAUCGCUCGUCACAGCCACCGCCACCUGCUCCUCGUCAUUUUUCUACAUUGAAAUGA